UCACAGUGAGAGCUUAGGGAAUGAACAGAGUAUACGUUCGUCCGUUACCAACGGAACAUCACCACUGAACCCGCUUCAGAUCAAAGCAACUUAAACAGUAGCGGUUGGAAGGGAUCGAGAGGAAUAUUUUAGUCUCUCAAAAGAACAAUGAAAGCUGGCUGAUUUCACAGGGACAGACAAACUAAUUGAGGGUCAAUGGAGUUAAGGAAAUAGGAAAUACACCGAGGCCUCCUGCCCCUGCUGAGUGGAGCAGCGCGUGGCUAAGAGGACUGCUGGGAAAUGAAGUCCAGUCUGAAACAGUGGCGACGGCUGGCCCUCGGGCUUAUGCUGCUCUGGGUGCUGGUCUUCCUGGCUCUCCUCUCCUACUUUAUGGAGUCCCGAGUGGAUGAGUCUCACACUGUGGGUGCUCUCUCCCAUACGGACACCCGCCGUCUGACCUCACUGCAAGGCAACCCCCGCACCAUUAUAGCCAGCCAUUUGGGGCUUGCCACCUCCUCCACGCCCCCUGCCUCCAUCAACACUCAACAGGAGAAAAACCAAAACCCCAGUCCCGAUUCCCAGCCUAGUCCACUCAAACAGGACACCUACCCCAAUGCAGACCACCAGAGCCAAGACGUGGGCUCAAGAUCAGGCGCUGUGAGUCGCAACCCUGAAAGACAAGAGUACAAUCAGGAUUCACCUCAACAGGAUGAAAAUGAUGAGAAUGAGGGAGUGGUGGGUGGGGAAGAUGAUGAUGAUGAAGAAGAAGAGGAGGAUAGAAUGAGGACAACUAAACGGGCAGUAGGGAUUAGGCAAGAUAACUCUGACCCAGAGGAGUACUACGAACCGAGAUCGAAGUCUGUAGUGCAUGGGCUUUGGAGAGGGAGCUUGUCUGUGGGAAUGCUUAGUCCACGUCUCCAGAGGGCUAUAAAAGACUACCUGAAUAAUAAUAAACAUGGUGUGGCCUACAGGGGGCACCGGAAUGCCCAACAGAGUGGCCAAGAAGUACUGUGUGAGAUGAAGAAGAGAGGGAAGGUUAGAACUUUGGAUGGGGCCGAGAGACCUUUCUCCAACUUAGGCUGGGAGAAGAUUGUACCUGACUUUCCCUUAAACCAGCUCUAUCGGUCAGGCUUCCAGACCUGUGCAGUGGUCACCUCUGCAGGAGCUAUGCUCCACUCUGGACUUGGCAAGGAGAUUGACUCCCAUGAUGCAGUUCUGCGUUUUAAUACAGCUCCUACAAAGGGUUAUGAAAAAGAUGUUGGAAAUAAAACCACCGUACGCAUCAUCAACUCUCAGAUCCUGGCUAAUCCCAAGCAUCAGUUUAACACAAGCUCAUUGUAUAAGGAUGUCACACUGGUGGCGUGGGAUCCCGCUCCAUAUACCCUUAACUUGAACAAAUGGUACACGAAUCCAGAUUACAACCUGUUCACACCAUACAAGGAAUACCGGGCGCUUUUUCCCGCUCAGCCUUUCUAUAUCCUGCAUCCAAAAUACAUCUGGCAAUUAUGGGAUGUGAUCCAGGGUAACAAUCUGGAGAACAUUCAGCCUAACCCACCUUCCUCAGGGUUCAUAGGCAUCCUGCUAAUGAUGUCAUUAUGUGAAGAGAUCCAUGUGUAUGAGUACAUUCCUUCACUACGACAGACAGACCUGUGCCACUACCAUGAGCAUUACUAUGAUGCGGCUUGCACUUUGGGUGCGUACCACCCCCUGCUUUACGAGAAGAUGCUCAUCCAGCGCAUGAAUGUUGGCUCCGAGGACGACCUCAAGAGGAAAGGCAAGGUCACGCUCCCUGGUUUCAAGAAAAUCCACUGUGACCCCUGAAAAAGACGCAAUAACUGCCUUUGCAAAGCACGCAGGCUGAUGCAGGACUACUCCGAGCCGGAAAUGCCAGCAGACUAGAAUGGGCCGCAUUGUAUAGACUGGAUGUUCUUCGGGACACUGUAGGUCACUUAAAGUUGCAUUUCCUGAGCCUAUGUUAAAAAAAGAUGGUUAGAAUAGCAAUAGAUGUAUCAUGAAAACAGUCAUUUUUAUAGAUCUGUGGAUGUUUGUGGUGAUGAAAGCCAUCAAAAAACAGUAUUUUUUAUGAUUUUUUUAAAACUCGAAGUUUUAGCAGUCAUAGACACUGAAAUUCACACUGUCAAUCAAGCCAAACAAUCAAUUGAUUUUUUUGUAAAUGAGAUCGUAUCAUGAUCGUAUCAUGUUUACGAUUCAGAUGAUGGUAUUCGUAUCAUCUGAAUAUAUAUUGUUCCACAUUCACAACCCUUUUUGAGAAUAUUUGGCUCUUCCAAAGUUUACUCUUUAACUGUGGUUAAGGAAUUUUUUCAAACUCUGCAUAAAUAUCCUCCAUUUUUUUAAUAGCAAAGGCAGAAUACUUUACUUAUACAAGUUGUACAGUCCUCUUAUACAGUCAGCAAAAAGGAGCUUUUGGGGGGAAAACAAAUUUCAAUAGAGGAAAAACGAAAGCUUAAUUUUUUAUUCUUUUUUAGAACCUGUCAUCACAGGUGGUUUACAGAAAUAGAGGGAUGUCCUUUUUAGAAUAAGUGUUAAAUAAGAAUUUGAUUGCUUGUACUAUGAAUUCAUUGCAGCACUGUAAAUAUUAUCUGUAACUUUAAGGCUGCUUGGCAAUAUAACAAGUACAGUGGUUAUAUUUGUUUAAUAUAAACCGAGGUAGCCUGGUCUUUUUUAACGAUACGCCUAAAAAAUAAGAGGUUUUCUUGACUCCUGUCUGAGUCUUCUUUAAAGCGAAUGAAUUACCAAGGCACAUUUGCGUUGUCUUCUCUUAAAUGUACAGUUGUUCAUUUGAAUUGAUGCACUCUGUGGUUUGGAAUGGAUGUACAGAAGGUAAAACUUGAAGGUUUGUUAUUUACUCGUUUGCAUUAUUUCAAUGUUUGCUGUUUAAUUAAGACAGAAAAUUUCACAAGCAAAUUUUUCUCUAGAUCCAUUAAGGAGAGCUAAAGUCUGUUUUAAUUGCUGUUGUACAUUUGUAAAAGUAAAACUAGUAAUUGAUAUUUUCACUCAGGAGCUAACGAUACUCUGAAGCUUUGGCUCUUACCGGAGUGAAAUAUUUAAUCUUCCUUAUAGUCCUAUGAUAGACUGGGGUGUGUAACGCUAAUAUUUGACCUAUAAUUUGUCUUGUUUCCCCAUGUUGGGGGAUUGUAGACAUAGAAAAUGGGCAGUGAUAAAACAUUUUGUUGUUAUUAUUAUAAUUUUUACUGUGGAAUAUUGAACAAGUAGGUUUUGAUGAAAUAUACCAUAUAUCAUACACAUACCACUGUUUUUGAAUAUCUAUAAGGCUCUGUUCCAAAACCUAGUGAGCUGCCUAUUCCCUACAGAGGCAGCUGUCUUCUAAGGCAGUGUUUCCCAACCCUUUUUCUACCAUGGCACACUUUUUACGACUAAAACAAUUCUACGGCACACUACUAUCCCACAUAGGCUAACCAUCGUCAAUAUUUGUCCUUUUCAAGAACUUGUCCAUGUUUUCUCUCCGUCUUAGUAGCGUGUUUACUUGUAAUGUUUAAAUUUCGCUAUGCAAUAAUUUCUCAAAAAUUAGACCUUCUCAUCGUCCGUCAUUUUGAUGGACAGGGUUGUAAAAAUUACGUCAUAAUCUAUUUAAAUGUUCAUAUUUUAAUGAUAAUAAGACCUUUUAAUAGCUUUUGUUUUCGUUCACAUUUUAAUUUUAAUCAUUAAUUUACAUGAUGAGCAUAUAGCAGAUUAUGCAUUUAUUUAUGAAGAGAACAGAUGGACAACAGAGACACGAAGCAGAGGCCACUAAAACACGACAUAUGAACAAUGCAAUAUUACAAAAAACAAAUACGAUUAAAAUAUGAACAAAACACGUACAAAAUGAACUGAACAGAACUCAAUCAAAAACUCUUAUCUUCCGCAUCGACUUAAACUCGCCUGUAGCGUAAACAUCAAGGGAGACUGAUGCUGAGGCAAUUGUCAUUAGAUUUUGCGUCUUUGCCUCGGACAGACGAUGUCUCGUGGCAGUUUUAAUAUGGUUCUGGAGACUAAACCCAGCGUCAAGCGCCGCAUUGCCCUCCACAUGACAAGAUUUGCAAAAAGCAUCACAGGGGUGAUUUUACAAGUUUGCCACAUAAAAAGCAGGAGGUGUGCACAAUAAACAUUGAAAACAUGUAUUUGGAAGAGAGAAAAUAGCUUGCAGUUGCUUUGAUCGCAGAAAGUAAUAAAAGGACUUGUUUAUGUUUAGGUCGAAGCAUUUUCUUGGUGAAUUUAAAUUAGUUCUAUAACUAGGGUCUCUGAUAUUCUUAAACGAUAAUAUAAAAUAUAAUUAAAACAAAUUAUGAGACAUUCAAUGUCUCCACAAAUUUGGAUAGUUUUAAAUAUUUCUUGUUGCUUAGUACUCUCAAAGAUGUUAUUGGUGAAGCAAAAACGUGUGUGUGUAAAAAAACACUGCUGUAAAGUGACGUCACUUAAUAGACUUCAAUGUAUUCUGCAGUGCUGAUGUGAGUCAUGUGAAAGACCCUUAAUGCGUAUAAUAUCAGUCGCUUUUGCACAAUCAUUUAUCUUCACAAAAGUGACCGAUUAUGGUUUCAAACGGCAAAUUUUUCCGAAAGGUGAGCAGUUUGGAUCCCUGAAAUUAAUAUAAUUUUUUUUUCAUGCAUUUAUUUAUUUUGUGGAAUUUGAUACGUUUUCCACAGCACACCGGACAAUCUUUCACAGUGCGCAGCGGCACAGUGGUUGGGAAACUGAAAUGGAACCUUAUAUGUGACUGAUUUGUGACACUACAUUGGCAGCAACUCUUUCUAUGAAAUGCCAAAGAGACUCCACACUAAUUGAUUGGGAGUUUGGCAUUAGCAUGCUGCUUCUGCAUAGCAUAUUGCAUAGAAUAGUUUUUUUUAAUAACAUUAAUAAUUCUUGCAGAAUUGAAUGAAUUACAAGUAUUUAUAACCAGCAUUUCUCUUGCGUUGUUCACCAUCUUGAAUUUGUUUCCACUGAGCUUGUCAAAAUCCAACACAGGAUUGCCUUCACUGUGAAGGAUAGCAUAAUGUAACAUAAUGGCAGCAUAAUGUUGCACCCUACCUUUAGUAAUAGCUUUCAUGCUGGGGGUGCACCUAUGAUGUCUAAAAAUGCUUCCUAGGCAGCUCACUAGUUUUGGAAUAGAGAUUAAGAAUGUUAUACUGAACUUACAAUGUCUUGUCUAAAUAUGACUUACUGAUUGGGGCUAAAUGUCCAGACAUUUAAUUUUUAGGGGCGUUUUGCCACUUUUUAUUGACAGGGUAGUGAAAAAAGGACAUCAAAUGAGGACAGAAAGUGGCUCAACAUUACGCAAACCAAACUUGAACUUCCUUCACAUGCAAUAGCAUCACAGCUCAAUGCGUUGUGGUAUACUUGGAGCCUAACCACUAGGCCACGGCUCUGACUAAUGUUUGCUUUUUAAACAUUUGAUGACCAACUGUCUUGUGCUUGUGAACUAUGGAAGGACUGAAACUCUGCUUUCUCUCUUUUCAAUUGUCAGCUAUUCCAUUCCACAUUUGGAUGUAGAGUCAUAUGAGUCCUUCUGUGAAUGUCUUUUCGUAAGCCUUUAAAAUUUGGUAUUUUAGCUGCAUAAAUGUGUCAUUGUCUCUCACAGAGAGAAUGCAACUUUAGAUUGGAGCAUUAUUUCAAGAGUAUUAUUUUAAGUAUUUACUGUAACUUUUAUCUUUUUUUGCUUGAUUUUUAAUGUCACAGGGUGAUAUGACUACUUUGCGGGGAAUACAGAAAGAAAUGUACAAUAAAGUGCACAGAGCAUGUGAUAUAAAGCAGGGCUUGUUAGUGUAAAAGGUAAAUAUGCAGUUAUGGAAUUUUAAGAUUUAUCCAUUUGUAAUGAGAAAUUGAGGUUUGUUUUUGAAAAAAAAAAAAAUAAUAAAAAAAGAUCUGCAGGUGAACUUUAAUGCAGCGUCAUGGAUGUGCACAGUAGAAUCCUGAGGACUGUGCCAAAUGUUGUGUUUUCCUGGGUUGGUUAGAGUGUGGGAAUAGUGCUGUACAUGUGGUGCUGUGCAUCUGUGCCAAGUUUCCUUUUUCUGUAUCACACCUUUCUAUGCCCUACUGAAUUUCUUUCUGUUUGCAUUUUUUUCUUUGUAACUUUGCACCACACAGCCUUUAAAUGAUUUUUUCCCCACUAUUAUAUGUUGUAUCAGUGAAUUGGCUUAAUUUUUUGUCUGUAAAUAUCUGCAAUUGUCAAAAGCCAGUUCACUUCCAAAAGCCAUGGAAUGCUUUAUAAUUUUUAUUUCUCUAUAUGGGAAUACACGUAUGUCAAUUAAGUACUUUUGAAACUACUAAAUGUUUGUGUAUUUUUUUUCCAUAAUAAAACCUU